GUUCCACAGAAAAAUCAGCUGGCAGAUAAACAAGUACUGAUAAGCUCGCAGUUCAAACCUAUAAAAGAACUUCUCUCUGACUCACAAUCAGAAGAGUCGCAAAAAUAGAAACUUCAUAUCUUGACUUACAAUGAUGUCACUGAAGUUACUUCUUGCCCUCGCCCUGGUCGCUGUCGUCACGGGGUCACAAGAGUUCGAGGUCGGGGCGAGGCGCCGGCGAGAAGUGUGUGCAGAGCACUCGAACGGAUGUAGUAUCCCAGGUGACCUCCCCUUCUUCUACAAGAAUACCUUCACCCCCGCUUGUGACCGUCACGACAUGUGCUACAACUGUGGUUCACUGCUGGGGUACACCAAAGACCAGUGUGACCAGUACUUUUUGAACAACAUGUUGAAGAUAUGUGCGAGCGUCAGGCGGCGCCGUGACACUCUGUCCCGCAAGUACAGAAGCACGUGCACGCUGACCGCCACUGUGUACUACGAGGGCGUUCACCUGGCAGGUGCCUCCCACUUCCGUGUACCUGGCCACACAGAUCCUUAUUGCACAACCGACUUGGUCCGUACAUGUGUGCCGUAAAAGCUUCAGUAAACUGAGGAUUUCUACA